AUUUGGUGUCAGCGAUGGAAUCCACAGAGCCCUUCCAAGAUCUUCUAAAACAAGAAACACGGGCAUUGUACCCUCAGACCUUUUGGAGUUCUGUCCUUUUCAGAGGGGCCCUGUAGCACAGGUUCCAGACGCACAGGCUCAGCUGCCUAACCGCUCCGCGGCGUGUGGGAUCUUUCCGGUCCGGGGCACGAACCCAUGUCCCCUGCAUCGGCAGGCGGACUCUCAACCACUGCACCACCAGGGAAGCCCUCCUGUGCUGUCCUUAUCGUGUCUUUUGAUUAAUAUGCACACAAAGGUCUUUGUGUUCCCCAAAGAGUCGGAUAAUUCCGUUGUGACGCUGACUGCACAGCGAACGAAGCCACUUAAGGCCUUGACCGUGUGCCUGCAUGUCUAUACCGAUCUGACCCACAACGAUAGCCUCUUCUCUUAUGCCACAAAGCAACAAUAUAAUGAGAUCCUCCUCUUCAAGGGAAAGACUGCUGCAUACAGUGUAUCCGUGGGUGGAGCUGAUGUCUUUUUCAAGCCUCCUGAGAGUUAUCCUGCACCAAUGCACUUCUGUGUGACCUGGGAGUCUACCUCAGGGAUUACAGAGCUCUGGGUGGAUGGGAAGCCCAUGGUGAGGAGGAGUAUGAAGAGGGGAUACUCUUUGGAGACAGAGGCAAGCUUCGUCCUGGGGCAGGAGCAGAACGCAUUUGCUGGGGGCUUUGAUAAAAAACAGUCUUUGGUGGGAGACACUGGAGAUGUGAACAUGUGGGACUAUGUGUUAUCACCAGAAGAGAUUAGCACUGUCUAUGCUGGUGGGACCUUCAGUCCUAAUGUCCUGGACUGGCGGGUGCUGAAGGAUAAAACACAUGGUGAGGGACUUCCCUGGUGGCACAGUGGUUAAGUAUCCACCUGCCAGUGCAGGGGACAUGGGUUUGAGCCCUGGUCCGGGAAGAUCCCACAUGCUGCGGAGCAACUCAGCCCGUGUGCCACAACUACUGAAGCCCACGUGCCUAGAGCCCGUGCUCCUCAACAAGAGAAGCCACCACAAUGAGAAGCCCACGCACCACAACGAAGAGUAGCCCUCGCUUGCCACUAGAGAAAGCCCACGCGCAACAAACACCCAAUGCAGCCAAAAGCAAACCAACAAAUAAAUAAAUAAAUUUAUUAAAAAAGAUAAAUAUAUUAAAAAAAAAAUAAAACACAUGGUGAGGUGUUCGUCAAACGACAGCUAUGGCCCUGAGGCCCUUUUGUGAAUCCUGAAGUUGCCUUUUGGGGAUUACACCUUACAUUUCCCUUGUCUCUGGCUCUGAUGUUUUACUGCCCUACACACUGGGCUCUUGUGCCCUGGGAGGAGUGUAUUUCCCUCUCCUUUCACCACUCUUUUUCCAUGGGACAGUGCCAAGCAGAGGGUCUUAUACAUUUCUCCACAUUAGAAUUACCAGGUCACACCCCAAGCCAAUUAAAUCUGAUUUUGGGGGCGUGGGACCCAAGCAUCAAUGUUUUUUAAAGCUCUCCAAGUAAUUCCAGUGUUCAGCUGAGGUUGAGAGCCAUUGCAUUUUAAUGAGUGUUUAAGAAAAACUGAGCCGACUUUUUUUCACCUAAAAGGCUGCAUGUGUCUAACUGUAGUCCUGCCAAUAUUUUCAUUUCCCUUUAUAGGAACACCCACCCCAUUUAUUGUGUUUUAUUGAAUUAUCUAAAGAAUACAGGAAUAGGGCUUCCCUGGUGGCACAGUGGUUAAGAAUGCGCCUGCCAAUGCAGGGGACUGGGUUCAAGCCCUGGUCCAGGAAGAUCUCAC